AUGUCGUCAAAAGUGAACAAAGAAGGCGCUCAGCAGACAUCGCUGCUCGAUGUCCUCAAGAAGAAAAUGCGCCAAGCUCGCGAAGAGGCUGAGGCUGCAAAGGACGAGGCCGACGAAGUACAGCGACAGUUGGAAGAGGAACGCAAAAAGCGCGAAGACGCCGAAGCUGAAGUGGCAGCGUUGAAUCGCCGUAUUGUGCUGGUAGAGGAGGAUUUGGAACGUACCGAGGAUCGUCUGAAGAUUGCCACAUCCAAAUUGGAAGAGGCAUCAAAAGCGGCCGAUGAGGCUGAACGGUUAGCUGAGGCAGAGGUAGCUGCCCUGAAUCGUCGUAUGACUCUUCUCGAAGAAGAGCUUGAACGUGCCGAAGAACGUUUGAAGAUCGCCACCGAAAAACUCGAAGAGGCUACUCACAAUGUCGACGAGUCCGAGCGAGCUCGAAGAUCGUUGGAGAAUCGCGUGGAUGUUGAUGAAGAUCGUUGUGCUGAGCUCGAAUCGAAACUACGUGAAGCUCAAGCUCUUCUGCAUGAAACAGAGAGCAAGAGUGAAGAGGUCGCCCGUAAGUUGGCCAUGGUUGAAGCCGAUCUCGAGAGAGCCGAGGAGCGUGCCGAAGCCGGAGAGAACAAGAUCGUCGAAUUGGAAGAGGAACUGCGUGUGGUCGGUAACAACUUGAAAUCGCUCGAACUUUCCGAGGAGAAAGCCCUCGAAAAGGAGGACAUUUUCGCCGAACAGAUUCGUCAACUCGACUUCAGAAUGAAAGAGGUUCGAUCGAUUGUUCGAAACAGAAAGACCAAGAUUGUCGAAUUGGAAGAGGAGCUGCGUGUCGUUGGAAAUAACUUGAAGUCACUCGAAGUGUCCGAAGAAAAGGCACUCCAACGUGAAGAUUCAUACGAGGAGCAGAUUCGUACUAUCUCAGCUCGUCUGAAGGAGGCGGAAACCCGUGCCGAAUUCGCCGAACGUUCCGUGCAGAAGCUCCAGAAGGAGGUCGACAGACUCGAGGACGAAAAAGAUGAAGCUGAUCGGAAGAAUCGACUACUACAAGAAGAGCUCGAUCAUCUGCUCACCGAACUUAAUGAUGAAUUGGUACAUGAGAAGGAGAGAUACAAGGCGAUUUCCGAGGAACUUGACUCGACUUUCCAAGAACUUUCUGGCUAUUGA